GAUGUAUUGCAGCAGUCCGAAGCCAAGACAGUUCCGGAAUUCAGAAUCCGGAUGUUUUCUUUUUUUGUUUACUUCAGUUAUUGCACAGAAGGCUGAGAGCACAGCAGUAUAGUACAGGUGUUUGCUGUUUACAAGGAUCUGUACAAACAGACCAGGUCAAUUGUAUGAUAUUGUACCACCGACGAAACAAAGGACGUUUUGAAGAAAAGAAAAGCUUAUCUAGGUCUCAAGGAUGUCUGCUGAUGCUCCACCACCUUACCCAGGGAAUGAAAAAGGCUAUGGCCCACCGCCACCUGCUGCAGGAUACCCCCCUCCCGGAGGCUACCCACCCCCACAAGCGGGCUACCCGCCUCCCCAGCCCGGCUACCCCCCUGCACAGGCCGGCUACCCACCCCCUCCCCAGCAGGGGUACCCGCCGGCCCAGGGAGGUCCUCCAGCCCAGAACACGACAGUGGUGGUCACUCAGCCACCAGUCACUCUGGUCCAGACCUUCCAGGCCAUCCCAGUCCGCACGUGCUGCCCACACUGCCGGGCCGAGAUCGUCACAGCCACCCGCUUCGAGAAUGGGACAUUCUCCUGGGUGGUCUGCUUCAUCCUGUGCAUCAUCGGAUGUGUGCUGGGCUGCUGCCUGAUCCCAUUCUGCGUGGAGGGUUGCCAGGACGUGAUCCACACCUGCCCCAACUGCCACCAGCACAUUGCACGCUGGAGCCGCAUGUGAGGGGAUGGGGGAGCAAGCUGGACCUACAGCUGUUGGCGUCGAGUCGGAUGACUUAAGUAAUGGGAAACCUGUGUUUCAAGCUCGGAUGACUUGACAAAUGGGAAUAUGGUAUCUGUAUUUAUUUGUCUUUUCCCCCCCUACACUGCUGGGAAGGGACUGCCUAAGGAUUUUAACGUUCCAACCGAACAGGCCACAAUAUUUUGUAUUACUUUUAUUUACUUUGGGUUUUUUGGGGUUGUUUUGGGGUUUUUUUACAUGUUUUUGGUUGACUUUCAAAAGAAGAUGGGUUAUAGAAAUAAUAAUGGAAAAAGAAUUACUUUUUUCCAUCGUUAUUGUAGCUAUAACAAUUUAUACUGUGAUCAUGAAUCUUAUAUUCGCUAUAUAUAUAUAAAUCAAAUGGCAGUUCCUCACUUUUCGUCUUCUUAAAGAAAACAUGAAAGAAGACGCCGUGUGCAUAUGAAGUCAGCCUCGCUACUACAAAACUAUGCUCCUGUAAACAAAUAUUGUUAAAUUGUAGUGCUCAACAAUAUUUCUGCUUCAGCAUUACAACCAAAAAAUAUUUAUAUCUUUGUCUUCUGCUAAGGUUAGCGACAAGUUUUUUUAUCGUAAUGAAAAGAUCCCCUGGUAUGGUUUGUGUCUGUUUUAUUCUUGUAUCGAAUGUUUGCAUAUUUCUUGGCUCUACUACUAGCCGGCAGAUUGGGUACAUUCUUGAUCAUUAGCACAAAGGUCACAUUUAGUACUGGAAAGGUCAUGAAAUGUUGAGGCUUGUCUGUUGUAAAGCAUUUAUUUUAAAAAAUUAUUUAAUGUUUGGAAUCCUCUUAAGCAUAAUAGUAUACUUUUUUUUUAAACGGUGCGCUUUUUUGGCCCCCCUGUACUAGAUGAGGUCCAGGGGGAUAAAGGAAAAAGGGAUUUUUUACAACCUUUUUCACCAAGUUUUAGUGGAGAGCUAAUAAGUGGAUAGUUUUCUCCCAUGUUUGAGUAGCUGUCAUUCUUGUUUCUGGAUGUGACUUCUCUGUGAGGUUUAGCCCAUGCAGUAAAUCUUGAAAUCCUCUUGUUUCUUAUCCACAUGAGCCCUUUAAUGAAAGCCAUUGGGACAUUAUUAUGAUAAAACACCACUGUAACGAGUGACCAAAACAAAUCCUUUAUCUUUUAUCAUGGUGCAGGAGAAAGUUUCUUCCUUCUGUGAUGUGUAUGCAGCUCCCACGUUUCUUGCGUCCUACUUUGAGCUCUCUCUGUCUCUUUUUCUGUCUUAGUUUUUGGGGAGAGGUUUUCUGUAAAUGUGUGGCUAUGUUUAAGAUCAAAAGCCAAGAGCUUUGUUAGAUGUGUGUGCUGUUGUUUGCUGCAUGCAGUUUUGAAUGUGAAGUGUGAGGCUCUAUUGAUUUGUUAAAUUUUUACAGUUGGUGGGUUUUUUACUCUGGCUUUGCUAAUUCGACUUGUCAAGCUGGUCCUUCACCAUCUUAUCUCCUGAGUAAAAUGUUGUCCUUCUGAGCAAUAGAUCUGAAACUGUCACAUGGUAUUAGUGCGCUUAUUGUGUAGAACAUAAGUUUUUGAUUUGACGCCUGCAUGAGAAAGGAUAUUCACAAUCACAGUUUCGCUAAUGUCGUGUAUUUCUACCCUGAAAUUUCCUCCUUGCUUUCUCAGUUUCAAAAGGAGCUUCAGAUUGAAUUUCGAGCUCCAACUUUUGAAUACCUAAUUUUUUUCCCCGUCCUGUAAAGUUUGCUUUGAAGAGUUUUUUGGGGAUUUUUUACAUGACACUGUUUGUUGAAAGACCAACGACAAAUGUACCAACAAAUAUAAUUGACCAUGACACUCAUCCAUUACAUACUGUAUGCACUCGCUUAUAAUACAAGGGAUUUUUUCUUCUUAUUGAGAUCUAAAAAUAUAUCACUUUUUUUUUAAAUGUGCAGUACGGCUAGGAUAGGGCCCAUCCAAGGAGAAGUAAUGCUAAAUAAGAUUUUUGCAGAUUAAAUCAAUCUCGAUACAGCAACCAACAACUGUCAAAGAUAAGGCGCUCUAUUUGAUGCCCCCUCCUGUAUGUCAGAAAUUCACCUCUUGUUUUAUAUACGAGUUGCAUACAAAAAUGGGCCAAUUCUGGAAUUUGAAGUAGGCCUACAUCCCCUGUAUAACAGGCGAGUAUAUAUUAUAAUGGUGUCUCCUCUGCAGCGAUUUUUUUGGACAUUGUCAGUCUGUUAAGUUGUGCGACAUUUUAGCUCAGUUUUGUUCUCUCUUACUGAAAAUGUGAAGUUGCGAGAUUUUAGCACAGUUUUGUUCUCUGUUAGUGAAAAUGUGAAAUUGCGAGAGUUUAGCACAGUUUUGUUCUGUGUCUGUCUGCCUGGGAAGUUGUGAUAUUUUAGCACUGCUUUUUUUCCCUGUCAGCCUGUGAAGAUGUGACAUUUUAGCAUAGAUUUGUCCUCUGUCGGCCUUUUGUCUUUGUGCCUAGGAAAGUUUUGCUAAUAUUCUUCAGUUUUGGUUUUGAAUCAAAAGCGGCCUUCUGUAACUUUUUUGCUCAUGGUGGCUGCCCUGACCUGUAUUUCUGGGUCAGCUAGACUAGGUUGUUUAUUCUUUUAGGCACUUACGCUUUGUUUAUUAUUGCGAACUUUUGGCUUUUCAGUAUGAGAUAAGGUUUGCUGAACAUGCUGGCUUAUUAGAACUAAUAUACUUAAAGAACGUUAUACCAAGUAACUUUCUGAUUUUUAAAUGAGUGUUAUUGGGGGGAAAAGGAGUCAGUUUCUGUUUUCUUUUCCUUUUUUUUUUUUAUUAUUCACAUUCCAUUUAGGAGAAACUAAAGAUGAGAUGGUUGUUAAGACAAACAGAGUUGUAAUUUCUGUACAUGUACAUCUCAUGCUUUUGAAAGAAACACCAUUGUUAUUUCUGAACACAUAUCAUUCUAUCGAAACAAACAGCAUUGUUAUUUCUCUCACAUAUCAUUCAAUUAAAACAGUAUUGUUUAUUUGUGAACAUGUAUCAUACAAUUGAAACAAACAGCAUUGUUAUUUCUGAAAACAUAUCAUUCAGUUGAAAGAAACAGCAUUGUAAUUUCUCUAACAUAUCAUACAAUUGAAACAAACAGCAUUGGUAUUCUCCAACAUUUCCUACAAUUAAAUCAGCAUUGUUAUUUCUGUACACACACAUCUCCUACAAAUAAAACAAACAGCAUUGUGUCUUUAUGUACAAAUUAUAUUAUAUCUCAUGCCUUUCUUUUUUGAUAAUGAAAAGUUUAGCUUGACCAAAUCGACAGCUUUCUUUAAUAUUUGUUUUGCUGUUGUUGUUUAUUUUAAAUCAAAAUAUGGGAGUCCUUCCAAGUUAGAUAAGUAAUUUGUCUUCCCGUAUUUCUUGAGAAGUAACUUUGGCUUCCAUCUGAGGCUCUAGAAAACUUGUGUUUAUAUUGUCGAUGAAUUUUGAUUGGAUGGGGUCACACUGUUCUUCUUCUCAGUCAUCACUAGCGUUUAGUUCUUGAUUUUUCUGCGGUGUCGUGUCGUCAUGAAGUCAUGUAAAGAAAUACUUGACAGACAUGACUUUACUGGAUUAUUUUGUAGGAUUAGAGUAUACGGCUCAUGGAUUUCCUUAAAUUCUCUUACAUUUAGAGAAUUUCAGUGGUCUUUCCUCAUUUUUAGACAGCACUGUCGCUUAGUUAAAUGCUAGGAUGGUUCUGUUUAAAUGCAAGGGUGGUUUUGUGUAAAUUUGCUAAGGUACUUUUUCUAUUCCACAUUGCCCGCAAAUUUCUCAGCUAAUAUGUUUUGAGUUUUUAUCAGAUUCUCAACUGAACAGCUAUUAGCUUUUUUUUACUGCCUGGUAUUUUGUGGAAUUCUCUAGUUCAAUACCUCAUUUCCUUUGUACUGGAGGCAUGAGUAGUCAUGUUAGAGUUAUGUACCUUUGCUAACGUAAUUGGCCCUUUGCCAGGUAGGCUAUAAUAGAUGCGAGUUACUUUUUUGCUACAAGUUAUUUAUUGUAACUACCCACGCGGUUUUGUUCUGGAGGUCAGAUUGGAGCUCUGGACUCUUCAGAGGAAGAGAAAGAUCUUAUAUUUAUAUUCAUAUAUAUAUAUAUAUAGAUAGAUAGAUAGAUCGAUGUGGUCUGCAUGGUUUAUUGUCUUUUGCGUUUUUUGUUGUUUUUUUUUUUUUUGGGUGGGGGGGGGGGGGGUCUUUUUGUUCUUCAUUUCCUAUAUUUUUAUGACAAGACUGAAACCACAAUAGUGAACCAAGGUUUGUGAACAUGUGUACCAGAUUUUUUAUAUGAAGUGGAACAGUUUUAUUUGUAUCCCCUCUAAGUUGAGGGAGUGAGCUGUAGGUCACUCCAUAGAGUUGUCCUAUAUUUUUCUCCACAUUCCUACUUUGUACGUUCAAUACGCUCUGUAUUCUUUAUAUAUAUAUUUAUAUAACUUGGCUCGGCAUAAACCCAUUCUACAUUUAUCACCACCCACUGUUAGCAUAUCUCCCUGUCUUUGUGUUGUGAUGACUUUGCUCUAAUUAGAAUGAUUACUUCCUUUUUUUUUUACAUGACAAAAAUAAUUUUGUGUUUUACGCACUGGAACAGGAUUUUAUGUUUUUUUAUGGGAAGUUUGUCAAAGGGGUUGUUCUGUAAGGCCUGACUGUAAAUUGUUCCAAGCACUGUUUGUGCUGCAGACAGAGCCUACAGUUUUUGUAAAACAUUAUUUCCUCUCCUAAUACGGAUCUCAGCUGUAGAUAAUUUUGUGAGGUUAGAAAAUUGUAGCUCUUGUCCGUCAUCGCGGCCCAAGCAGGUCUACUUAUGUCUUGUUUUCAUUUUUAUUUGUGUCGCAACGCGGUGGGAUCGGGCGCUCGUCAGUUUUUGGGCAUUUGGAGUUAUUAGUAUCAUCUUAAAGUUUCGUCAUUUGUCUUGCAUUUGGCAAAAAAAAUAUCCAUCUAUCUUGAAUAAAAGUCAAGAUAUUUACUAUUGAAGAAAUUACCAGUUACCUGGUGUUUGUGGUAAAAUUAGCUAAAAAAUGGCUGCCAAAGUUUGGUGCCUUCCAAAGCUUGAGAAUGCUUGGAAAUUACAAAUUUAGAUUUGUUGUGCCUUGGAUCUAUGUUCUUCAGUAAAAAAUCCACACUGCAUUGUGUUCUUAAAUGGACUUGGAAGGUAUUGAGAUAAAAAAGAAAAGCAGAAAUUAGAAAAAAACUGCUCCACGAUCAGAAAAAUGACGGUUACCUUGAUUACAUUUUUUUUUUUACAAGCACCUGAUUUCACCACACUGCCUCACAUUAUUUUAAAAAAAAAAAAAAACAAGUGUCUCCUGUCCAUAGUAUAUUCACUUGUGAUUCUUUAAAUGUUACAAUGUGGUUCUGUUGAGAACAAAAAUUUGUUUGCCUUUUGUGGGGUUUUUAAUGUUACGAUGUGAUUUUUGUGGGGUGGAAAAAAAAAACAUUCUCCGCAAAAAGCCGGAUAUCUUUUAGUUUUCUUGCUGCGCCAGUGUCCUGUUUUUUUAUUUUGGUUUUGUAAAGCCUUAAAGGGCAACUGGGAGCUCUUGUCUGUUUGUACUUCCUACUGCUGGGUGCUGCAGAGAUUCAGGAAGUGAAAAUAUGUUUGUUAAAGUGAUGAAAGAUAAAUCAGCAUUAAUGUCGUAUUAUUUUACAAAUCGUGUUUUGAUUCUCUCCAACCGGUCUUUUAUUACGAAGAAAGAAAAAAAAGA